AUGAAAUCAUACGCUUACAUAGCAACCUUUCCCGGCAGACAAAAACAUAUUGGACAGUCACAUACGUGGGUCCCGGAAGAUGACGUGGCAAUAUUUGGUAGGAGUAUCGGACGUGUUUAUUGUCAAAAAAGCCGGUCCUUUGUAUGGACAGCAGUUUCCUAUCAGCUAAAAGACAAUCUUAAGUUGUCACCAUCGGCCUCCCAAUUUGUGUCUUCAAUAGCAUUUUUUCCAUGGAGUAUAAAACCAUUAUAUGGAAUUUUGUCUGAUUGCUUCCCAAUUAAGGGACGGAAAAGGAUACCAUACCUAGUAAUUGCAACUCUGCUCUCUCUUGUUCCCUGGCCUAUUCUAGGCCUAAAUUCAAACUUAAGGAGUUCUCAAUGGCAUCUCACAACCCUCUUGACAGUGCAGAACCUGGGUUCUGCUAUGGCAGAUGUUGUGGUUGAUGCAAUGAUUGCUGAGGCUGUAAGAUCUGAGAGGGCUUCAUUUGCUGGAGAUCUGCAGUCCAUGUCUUGGUUGUCAAUGGCUUUGGGUGGAAUCUCAGGCAGUUUGUUAGGAGGACAUGCAUUGACCAACUUACAAAUAGAUACGAUUUUCAUUCUUUUUUCUGUACUGCCAACCAUACAGUUAUUAUCAUGUGGUUUGGUUGGGGAGAAUUCUGCAGACAGUAAAGUUUUUCCCGAGUCUGCCAAUUCAAGCAACUCCCAUCCUGUGAAUGGGAAUGUUAGUAUUUCGGACGAAGAUAGUAUCUUGCUGAAGAAGUCCAGUACAAGUACUUCAAGAAGGAAGAAGAGCCAAAAGAAUGGAAAAAAGAGGGCUGGUAUGAGUACUAAAUCCGAGAUUUCCAAGGGUGAUUCCUUAAUAUCACGUUGGUACCACUCUCUGAAAACAGCUACUUACAGUUUGUUACGUGCUUUUAGGCAGCCAGUAAUUUUGAGACCAAUGGCUUGGUUUUUCCUAGCACAGGUUACUGUUCCAAACCUCUCAACAGUCAUGUUCUAUUACCAGACAGAGGUCUUGAACUUGGAUGCAUCCUUUUUGGGGACUGCACGUGUUGUUGGAUGGUUAGGCCUCAUGCUAGGAACCUUUACAUACAGUCGCUACUUAAAGACCAUGAAACUACGGAAGAUUCUCUUGUGGGCUCAUGUUGGGUUGUCUUUGUUGACCCUCCUAGAUAUAAUUUUAGUUUCUCGAGUGAAUCUUGCCUAUGGAAUUUCAGAUAAGAUCAUGGUCGUCUCUGGAUCUGCUCUCGCUGAUGCUGUUAAUCAAUUCAAGUUCAUGCCAUUCCUCAUCUUAUCCGGGCAGUUAUGCCCUCCAGGAAUUGAAGGAACACUAUUUGCCCUCUUUAUGUCGAUAAACAACUUAGGUUCCACACUGGGGUCAUUUGUUGGUGCUGGGUUGGCCUCGAUUUUGAACCUGUCGUCAGGAUCUUUUGACAACCUUGGUUUGGGCAUUGCCAUCCAAGUCCUUUGCACUUUCAUUCCAAUUGCUUUUCUAUUUUUGAUACCAAAAGAAGCCACAGGGGUAUCAGCAUAG